UGCCGCCGCGGAGCCAGCACAGCGGCGGGACUGGUCAGGGGCUCAGGGCCACACUGUGCGCUGCGGGGGUCAAGGUGAGGGGACAUCCCCUACGUCCUGCCCUCAGGUCUCAUCCUCUGGGCAUUGGCUGGAGCAGAGGCCACUGGAAGACAGAUCUGCCACACCGCCAUGUCUACCUUCCGGCAGGAAGACGUGGAGGACCACUACGAGAUGGGGGAGGAGCUGGGCAGCGGGCAGUUCGCGAUUGUGCGCAAGUGCCGGCAGAAGGGCACGGGCAAGGAGUACGCGGCCAAGUUCAUCAAGAAGCGGCGCCUGUCGUCCAGCCGGCGGGGCGUGAGCCGCGAGGAGAUUGAGCGCGAGGUCAACAUCCUGCGGGAGAUCCGGCACCCCAACAUCAUCACGCUGCACGACAUCUUCGAGAACCGGACGGACGUGGUGCUCAUCCUGGAGCUGAUCAUUCUCCACUUGGAACAUAACCUCCGUGCCCCCUAA